GGGUUUGCCCCAGACCAGACCCCAGACCCUGGGCUCCUGUUAGUGCCGGGCGUGUGCUGAGCCCGUUUGUUGAUGCGCCGUGUGUUUGCGCCUUCCCGCUACUUCUGCGUUGCCGGGUUUCCAGUUUUUUAUGGCACCGAAGAGCUUCCUUGGAAGUAAUUUUGUAUUUUGCAUUUGUGCCUGAUUCCUCGUUGUGUAUUGCACGAUACGAACCCUGUUAGAAAGCGUGGAACAAAAAUGAAGACUGUAGGAGUGCCUAACGCUACCACAUUUUUUAAAGUUUUUGUAACAGGAAGCAGGAUAAAGCCUGGCAUAAAUCUUCUUGACCUGGUAUCAGGAGCUGAAAUAACUUAGAAAAUCUUCAAAGCACCGACUGCAAAAUGAGCUCCUUCCACUCCUUGCUGAAAGGAGGCUGCUUUGUGGAUAUUCUUCUUUGAUUUCUGUGACUUCAUUUUGAUGUAGCUUCAACAGAAUGUCUGAGAUAAUGGGCUUUCCUUAAAGUGUCAGAAUACCACAGUGGAUAGCCAGAUCUACUUCUAGAGGGUGUUUGUGCAUCAUUUUGUGUGACUCUGCAUUUAUGCAUGCCCCUGUAAAAUGAUCAGCUGCGUUUUGUUUAUAUAUUCCGCAUAUUACAUGGAAACAUGAAACGAGGAAAGUAGGGGCCUUGAGGAAGUGGUGGACUUGAAACAAGGUAAACUGAAACUCCAAGAAUGAUGAUCGGCUUAUUGCCACAUUACAGGAAAACCACAUGCAAGGCAACUAAAUAACGGCUAUGGUAUGAGUGCUUUGUCAGAUCAACUGUUCAAAAGAAGUGCAUACUUGGAGGCUGUUAUAUUGAAGUGUUGAACUCUGCUCUGUGUGUCCCUCUCUGCUACCGGAACACUUCUGCAUAUGAAAUGUUUCAAAAGAAGGAGCUGCUGUGGCUUGUUUGUCACUGAAGUGAACUACAUUGGAUAUAAAACAAAAGAUGACAUCUACAUUUUUGCUCAUUGGUCAUCUCAUUCUACUGAUACCUGUGUUCAGCGCUGAAAAAUGCAUUAUUUGUGAUCACUUUGUGCUUGUUGGAGAGCCUAUAGCUAUUAGUUGCCCAGUAGUUACAUUGCCAGGACUUCACUCUGAUUACAAUCUGACGUGGUAUAAAAAUGGUAGUCCUACACCAGUAACCACAGAGACACACGCCAGGAUCCAUCAGCGAGAGGGCUUGCUUUGGAUUAUUCCUGCAAUGCUGGAAGACUCUGGACGUUAUGAAUGUGAUGUAAGGAGCUUUAACCACUCGAACAAAAAAACUAUACAUUUAACCGUUUUUGAGAAUGAUAACGGUUUGUGUUUUAAUGGCAAAAUGAAGUUUGAACAAAAAGUGACGAGCACAAAUGCUGGAAAGAUUAUAUGCCCUGAUCUAGAACAUUUUACAGAUGAAGAUAGUCAGCCUGAAGUACACUGGUAUAAGGAGUGUAAGCCUGGAUUUCUUGAAGACAAACGACUUUUUUUGGCAGAGGGUGAAAAUGCUGUCUUGAUUUACAACGCAGCUGUACAAGACAGAGGAAACUACACAUGCCGUAUGGUAUACACAUAUAUGGGAAAACAAUAUAAUGUUUCACGAACCAUGAGUCUAGAGGUUAAAGAAGGACCACUGCAGGUGAUACCAGAGUUUAUUUAUCCAAGGAACAAUACAAUUGAAGUAGAACUUGGCUCUCAUGUAGUUAUGGAAUGUAAUGUAUCAAGUGGCAUAAAUGGCUUUAUUCCAUUCUGGCAAGUUAAUGAUGAGGAUGUUGAUAGCUUUGACAGCUCCUACAGGGAACAGUUCUAUGAUUUCUCUACAGAUUUUCCUUUUUACCCUUUUUUUGAUGACAGAGAGGGGAUGCCUCAUGGACUUGUUGUAUCUGGAACAAAGUUUAACAUUUCAAAAGUGGAAAUAAAGGAUUAUGCUUAUAAAUUUUUCUGUCACUUUAUAUAUGGCUCUCAGCAUUUUUCAGCCUACAUCAAACUGGAGCGCCCAGCUCGGAACAUUCAGGGUUACUUAAUUGGAGCGGGAGUUUCUUUGGUGUUUUUAGUAUUUUUUACUCUCUUUAUCUACAAGAUCUUCAGAAUUGAUAUUGUGCUUUGGUAUCGGGACUCCUGCCAUCCCUUCCUGGGUAAAAAAGUUUCAGAUGGGAAGAUCUAUGAUGCUUACGUUCUGUAUCCAAAGAACGGAGAGAGCUGCUUGUAUUCAUCAUAUAUUUUUGCUCUGAAGAUACUGCCAGAGGUCUUAGAAAGACAGUGUGGAUAUAAACUCUUCAUAUUUGGGAGGGAUGAUUUACCAGGAGAAGCUGUGAUCAGCGUCGCUGAUGAAAAAAUCCGUCAAAGUAGAAGAGUGAUAAUUGUCUUAGUACCAGAACCUUCGUGUUACAGUAUUCUAGAAGAUGCAUCUGAAAAGCAGCUAGCCAUGUAUAAUGCCCUUAUUCAAGACAGCAUUAAAGUAAUUCUUAUUGAACUUGAAAAAAUACACGAUUAUGCAGCCAUGCCAGAAUCCAUCAAAUAUAUUAAGCAAAAGCAUGGGGCUAUCCGAUGGAAUGGAGACUUCUCAGAAAGGUCUCACUCAGCAAGUACCAGAUUCUGGAAGAAAGUGCGCUACCACAUGCCAUCCAGAAAAAAUGGAUCUUCAUCAGGAUUGCAUUUGUUACCAAAGGACUUUAAUUCUCCCUAAAUAACAAAAGAAAAAUGACACUUAAUAACUAAUUCAGUUCAUGUGGUUGGUGAUGGAAUGAUUGAAGGUCAUAUGUAUCUGUUUUGUGCCAACCAUCUUGUCCAAUUUUUUUGGAUUGAUGGUACUACAACUUCAUCUACAGAUGUGAAUCGUUUUCUUCCGGCCAGAUCAACAGAAUGCCUUGAAAUGUCAUCAAUAGCAUAGUGAUGACAUGGAAACCAUGUAGGAAGUACAUGAGGACUUUUCCAAGAAUUGCACUGUGAUUUGGUGGAAUUCUUUUGGUAUUAAAAAUGGAAGGGAAAAAAAAAACCCUUAUCAAAACCCCAGAGAAGUUGGGGUUUGCAAUUAAAGGUUGAAUAUGAAGGGAACUAUGGUAAUUAUAAUUGUGAUAUUACAUAAUGGGCGUGGUUGAUGCCAGUACGUUUUUAUUUUAUUUUUUUAAUGAAAUGACACAAAACUUUUCUUUGUUACAAGUUUAUUACUUGCCUUAUACAGUUUGCUGAAAGAUAAAUCCCCCGUGUUACUGCACCAGUGUGUUACUGUUCAAAAGGUAAGAAACAAUCUUAGCCCCCCGAAAGUGCAAUUGAACCUGACAAAGCAUAAAUACCCUUCUGUGAUCUUUUUUCUAUUUUAAAGAACUGUACCAUUUAGUCACUUGUCCCAUGCAGACAUCAGAAAUAUACCAUUGUAAUGCAGUACUGAAUCAAAAAAAUUAAUCUCCAGGGAAUCUUUUUCCCCAGUUAAAUAACUGAAUAUAUUUGUUCUUAUUUUACCCAAGUGGAACAAUGAGCUAAUGACACAGACUCUCUCAUGGGCAGUACAGGAUGGCUGGCUUCAUCUGCCUUACCUUAAAGACCAGAUCAAGGGGCUUCAGGGCACCCACUUCUCAUGGGUCGCUGUUGCUGAAGGAGAACAGGUCUUCCCUCCUGUUCCCAGCCAGGGUGCUUGUUUUAGCCUUUGUCAACUCUGAAAGCUGAAGGUGGCUGAACAGACAUGAGAGAAAUUACUCUUUUUCCCUGGGAUAGUUUUCUCGGAGAUUAGUGAGUUUUAUCUGGUUCCUGGAGGGUUCAGAGUGCAAUGGGGGAUGAAAAGGGGUGGUAGAACCAUGCCUUUUGGCUCCAGAUGUGUUUAGAAAAUAGCAUUGUUGCUCAGUACUUUAGUUAAAGUGAGAGGGAGAGAUGCCCUGUGUUCCCCCUUGCUUGCUUUACUGCGCUCCCCCUGCCCUGAUGAUGUAAGGAAUCUGAGGUGACUGUGUACUGAAUUUGACAGGGGCUGAAUGAGUCGGGAGAUGUGAGAGCCAAAUUUCCUGUGCUUUUCAGUCUGUCCUUGAAAGUUAGAUUUUUAAGUUAUGAGAUCUAGUUGUAUGUGGAAGCUUCAGAAUUUGACUGUUACUGCCUUUAACUGCUGAUUGCAACUCUGAAUUCCUAUGUGUGUCCUAUCGGCUUCUCUCUUGCAGCACCUUUUGUUCUACCAUUCAAACUCCAAUCUAGCUUUUUCCGUGCAGCUCCCUUAUCUUGGAAGAAGCAACUUACUAUUGCAAAACUCCAUCACAUCCCAAGCAGUCCCUGAAGGCUGUUGCUAAUACAGUAUUAGGCAGAAAUUCUCCCUUUGAGUUGGUCCUUUGAUAGCUCCACUUUUUCAUCUGAAAAAACUCAUGUUCUGCAUCCUUCAGAAUUUGUCUACUCACUGUGAUGCUUCAGUGUUGGCUUUUUCUUCUUUCAUGGCUCAAGCAUUUAUCUUAUGCCUCCAUCCUCAAGCAAACAAAACUGUAGUGUGAGGUGCCAUCUCAUGGAAGAACUUCCCAGUGAACGUGGGAUGGUGUGACCCUUGUCUUCUGCCCAAUAAGUUACAAAACAAAUGGAAAUAGGUUCCUCUCCCACCUAAAGUGCUUUAGUUACCUCUGUGUAUGGUGGAAACUUGAAACCUGCUUCUGAGAGACAGUGACUUUUGAACUUCGUGAGUUGCGUGUGUGUUUGGUCAGAAUGGAAUAAAAAUCUUUUUAUUUCAGGAUAGGAGGGAAAAAAAGUGCAUUUGAAAUACCAGGCUAUUUCAAAGUGUUAUGGUACUGGAGUUUUAUUGAUGAAUGUUAUGUAUGUAUAGAAUAAUGCACAUGCUUAUAUUCUGUUCUCAUUCUGUGUUUUAGUCAAAGACAGAAGUGUCGAGGGAGGAUUAGUUCUGGUCAUGAACUACCACAUUCACUUAGCUGUUGCACAGAGUCCACUUUUAAAUAUGGUGUGUGUUCAGUGACAGCCUGUUGUAGGGUAGAAGAGCCGUGAGAUCUACCUGAAGUUACUGAGAUCCAUCUGAGCAAGGCUAAUUGUUAUGGUUCAUGUCGAUAGAAGAAUUUAGUAGGACAGAAGCUGUAGUUUGGUCACAGAACUCUUCUGUAAGAAGAUCCCUAUAUCAAAUGUGAAGUCUAGAUACUGGAAGUAUGGUAUUUGUACUCUCAGGGAUAGGGUAUAAUACUGACUUUGUGCUUCCACCUUGACAGCUCACAGUAUGUGGGCCAGCCAACAGAGUUCCAGUCACCUCGGGCCUCCUGAAUUAUUUUUGCUGACUGGACUAGAUUGAAUGAAAAACUGCUACUUAUUAUCCCUGCCUUUAGGGAUAGGAAAGUUUUAUUUUACUGAGCCAAAAUACUGUUUUUUACAAAAAUGUUUGUUCCUUUUGAUAUAUUUAUACAAGUGAUGCUAAAAUUGUCAUGUGUGUUAUGUAAAGACACUUUGAAGAAAGGUCCAUUUCUUUAUUCAAUAAAGACACUACAUACUUUUU